AUGGAAGUAUGCUAUUUUGCCGGCCCCUUCGGCUUCGAACGUAAAUUGAACCAAGUACAAAACUGGAGUGGUUUUAUGCGAGUGCGGCAUCAUCCGUGUGUUACACUCUUGCUGGCUACACCAGUAAGUCCUACCGGCCGAAUCCAUCGUUUGUGGAGAAAGAGUCACUACGCCGAGCGUGUCGAUGCCGGAGCACCCGCCUGCCAGGCAGCAGUGAUGAAAUAUCUUGCUCAAAAACUGGUCAUUCGAAACGACGAAGAGCUGAACAAAUUGCUCUCCGGCGUGACUAUUUCACAGGGUGGUGUGUUGCUUAAUAUCAAGCCCAUUUUGCUGCCAAAGAAGACCGAAAAGAAAUCGAAGGAGUCGGCUACCACCGGAGAGAAGAAGAAAAAUGCUUAA